AUAAUUGCAUUCGAUGAACUGAAGACUGAUUACAAGAAUCCCAUAGAUCAAUGUAACACAUUGAAUCCGGUAAGUAAAAAAUUGAUGGUUGCAGAUGACGUCUUUCUCCUGGCUUCUUUGACUGCAUGCUGAUUUGCGUUCUAUAAUUUGUGUAGUAGGAUGGAUGAGGUUACGGCCUAGUAGUCAGGAUGGAUUGAGGGUUACGGCAUCCUUCAUAGUAGUCCAGGAGGAUGAGGUUGCUUACGGCCUAGUCGUCAGGAUUGGAUGAUGUUUACGGCCCUAGUAGUCAGGAUGGAUGAGGUUACGGCCUAGUAGUCAGGAUGGAUGAGGUUACGGCCUGUAGUCAGGAUGGAUGAGGUUACGGCUAGUUAGUCAGGAUGUGAGGUUACGGCCUAGUAGUCACUCUAAUAGGUGAGGUUAAGGCCUAGAGGUUACGGGCCUAGUAGUUCAGGAUGGAUUGAGGUUACGGGCCUAGUAGUCAGAUGGAUGAGGUUGGUUCCGCCUAGUAGUAAGGAUGGGAUGGGUUACGGCCUAGUAGUUAGGAUGGAUGAGGUUUACGGUCUAGUAAGUAAUUAGGAUGGAUUGUGAGUUUACGGCCUAGUAGUCAGGGAUGGAUGAGGUUACGGCCUAGUAGUCCUAAGGAUGGAUGAGUUACGGCCUAGUAGUAGGAUGGAUGAGGUUACGGCCUAGUAGUCACAUAAGGAUGGAUGAGGUUACGGCCUAGUAGUCACUCAGGAUGGAUGAGGUUACGGCCUAGUAGUUAGGAUGGAUGAGGUUACGGCCUAGUAGUCACACUAAGGAUGGAUGAGGUUACGGCCUAGUAGUCAGGAUGGAUGAGGUUACGGCCUAGUAGUCAGGAUGGAUGAGGUUACGGCCUAGUAGUCAGGAUGGAUGAGGUUACGGCCUAGUAGUCAGGAUGGAUGAGGUUACGGCCUAGUAGUCAGGAUGGAUGAGGUUACGGCCUAGUAGUCACACUAAGGAUGGAUGAGGUUACGGCCUAGUAGUCAGGAUGGAUGAGGUUACGGCCUAGUAGUCAGGAUGGAUGAGGUUACGGCCUAGUAGUCAGGAUGGAUGAGGUUACGGCCUAGUAGUCAGGAUGGAUGAGGUUACGGCCUAGUAGUCAGGAUGGAUGAGGUUUACGGCCUAGUAGUCAAGGAUGGAUGAGGUUACGGCCUAGUAGUCAGGAUGGAUGAGGUUACGGCCUAGUAGUCAGGAUGGAUGAGGUUACGGCCUAGUAGUCAGGAUGGAUGAGGUUACGGCCUAGUGUCAGGAUGGAUGAGGUUACGGCCUAGUAGUCCAGUAUGGAUGAGGUUACGGCCCUAGUAGUUCAGGAUGGAUAGGUUACGGCCUAGUAGUCAGGAUGGAUGAGGUUACGGCCUAGUAGUCAGGAUGGAUGAGGUUACGGCCUAGUAGUCAGGAUGGAUGAGGUUACGGCCUAGUAGUCACUAAGGAUGGAUGAGGUUACGGCCUAGUAGUCAGGAUGGAUGAGGUUACGGCCUAGUAGUCACACUAAGGAUGGAUUUCUCUUCUGCACUGUUAUGCUGAAUUACAACCGGAGUAUCUCUGACUGUUAUUAAUCUACAGUGAUCUUGUCAGCUGUCGAACUCUAACACAUUUUUGUUUUUUCUAAUCUGCUUUUUUUAAUCUACAAUUUUUAUCGGCAUAAAGACAGUUGAAAAGGUCAAAAAGAUUAAAAGAGUCAAAAUUGCAUUGAAGGUUUGUACCAAUCUUCGAUAUAAAAUGGCCGUUUCGGUUCACGUUUGGUCUCCAGUCUUUCAUUCUGCACGGGGGGAGUGUUUGCAAACGUCUUUUCAGUUAACGAUUCUCAGAAGAGGUGCCCUCAUUGGACUAAUUUACAUCAGAGUUAUGGAUUGAAGUCUCGGCUUUCUGUGCUCAUUGAUAUCACAAAAUGACUUAGCAUAGCCAAACAGGCUCAAUGCAGUUUCUAGGAUGUUGUUAGACCUUGACUCAGUCUAACAUCCUCAAGAGUUGAGUCCGUUGAUGAAGUUAAACUGUCAGAUUCCAUUUCUCCUUUUGUUCUUUCUCAUGCCUGAGCCAGUAACAUAGCUGUCAUGCAUGUCAAUGUCACUACGUUGCAUUGUCUUCCUGUGUGUGACUUCUGUAUCGCCCCGCCCAUUUCCCCAUGAGAUAUAGACUUCUGUAUCGCCCAGCCCAUUUCCCCGUGAGAUAUAGACUUCUGUAUCGCCCAGCCCAUUUCCCCGUGAGAUAUAGACUUCUGUAUCGCCCAGCCCAUUUCCCCUUGAGAUAUAGACUUCUGUAUCGCCCAGCCCAUUUCCCCAUGAGAUAUAGACUUCUGUAUCGCCCAGCCGAUUUCCCCAUGAGAUAUAGACUUCUGUAUCGCCCAGCCCAUUUCCCAGUGAGAUAUAGACUUCUGUAUCGCCCCGCCCAUUUCCCCAUGAGAUAUAGACUUCUGUAUCUCCCAGCCCAUUUCCCCAUGAGAUAUAGACUUCUGUAUCGCCCCGCCCAUUUACCCAUGAGAUAUAGACUUCUGUAUCGCUCAGCCCAUUUCCCCAUGAGAUAUAGACUUCUGUAUCGCCCAGCUAUUUCCCCAUGAGAUAUAGACUUCUGUAUCGCCCAGCCCAUUUCCCAGUGAGAUAUAGACUUCUGUAUCGCCCCGCCCAUUUCCCCAUGAGAUAUAGACUUCUGUAUCGCCCAGCCCAUUUCCCAGUGAGAUAUAGACUUCUGUAUCGCCCAGCCCAUUUCCCCAUGAGAUAUAGACUUCUGUAUCGCCCCGCCCAUUUACCCAUGAGAUAUAGACUUCUGUAUCGCCCCGCCCAUUUCCCCAUGAGAUAUAGACUUCUGUAUCGCCCAUUUCCCCAUGAGAUAUAGACUUCUGUAUCGCCCAGCCCAUUUACCCUUGAGAUAUAGACUUCUGUAUCGCCCAGCCCAUUUCCCCAUGAGAUAUAGACUUCUGUAUCGCCCAUUUCCCCAUGAGAUAGAGACUUCUGUAUCGCCCAGCCCAUUUCCCCAUGAGAUAUAGACUUCUGUAUCGCCCAGCCGAUUUCCCCAUGAGAUAUAGACUUCUGUAUCGCCCAUUUUCCCAUGAGAUAUAGACAUCUGUAUCGCUCAGCCCAUUUCCCCAUGAGAUAUAGACUUCUGUAUCGCCCAGCUAUUUCCCCAUGAGAUAUAGACUUCUGUAUCGCCCAGCCCAUUUCCCCAUGAGAUAUAGACUUCUGUAUCGCCCCGCCCAUUUCCCCAUGAGAUAUAGACUUCUGUAUCGCCCCGCCCAUUUCCCCGUGAGAUAUAGACUUCUGUAUCGCCCAGCCCAUUUCCCAGUGAGAUAUAGACUUCUGUAUCGCCCCGCCCAUUUCCCCAUGAGAUAUAGACUUCUGUAUCGCCCAGCCCAUUUUCCCAUGAGAUAUAGACAUCUAUCGCCCAUUUCCCCAUGA